AACGUUACAUCAAAACUAAUCAUAACGAUUAAAAUCAGCUUUGCUGUGCGAGAGGAAGCCAAUAGGGAAGUUGGUGACAGGCGUGAGGAUGUUGUAUGCAAAAAAAAUUGCAUGAUAUUUUUUUGUUGUUGCGAUUUUAUGAAGAAAUAUAAAAUAAAUGUUCCAUAAAGGCCGACGCACUGUUGUAGUGAUGUUUUUUGCUAUUCGUUUUAUUCUGCAGAUUGGUUUAGACUGGGGUAGAGACAUGAGCUAAUUGUAUCCUGAUCUUUGCCUUGAGGGGUUUGGAGCCCUGGAGCAAGUAUUCUCUGUAUUUUGUUCUGUCUACCUUAGCCAAGCUAUUGCAUUUCUCACUGGUGUAGGAAGGGAAGCAGAUCGCAGGCGAAAUCUGAGGGAAAGGGUUCUCAAAUAUACUUUAUGCCCAUCCAUGUUUCAGAUCUCUUGCGGGGCUGACCUAUACCCGUGCGCAGGGAAUUCCACCGUACAGAGGUGCCACUGCAAAUAUUUAGAUACUCCCUGGCGGAAGUCUGGAUCUAUGUUUGCAUCUUUGUAGCUGUGAUGUUAUGGAGACAAAACAUGAUAUAUAUGGAUAACCGUUCCAGCAUGUCCAGGCCAAUGAUCACAAGAUCACCAGCGUCCCCCCUGAGUAACCAGGGCAUCCCGACACCCGCCCAGCUCACCAAGUCCAACGCCCCUGUGCACAUCGACGUGGGCGGACACAUGUACACCAGCAGUCUGGCCACGUUAACCAAGUACCCAGAGUCCAGAAUCGGCCGUCUCUUCGAUGGCACAGAGCCCAUAGUAUUGGACAGUCUGAAGCAGCACUACUUCAUUGACAGGGACGGACACAUGUUUCGCUACAUCCUCAACUUCCUCAGGACUUCCAAGCUCCUCAUCCCAGACGACUUCAAAGACUAUAGCCUGCUGUACGAGGAGGCCCGGUACUUCCAGCUGCAGCCCUUGCUGGCCGAGCUGGAGCACUGGCGCCAGGAUCGCGACCUGGCCAGGGUGUCACGCCCCUGCGAGUGCCUGGUGGUACGCGUGGCGCCCGACCUGGGAGAGAGGAUAACGCUGAGCGGAGAUAAGGCCCUCAUCGAGGACGUGUUCCCGGAGAUCGGAGACGUCAUGUGCAACUCGGUCAACGCCGGCUGGAACCACGACUCCACACACGUAAUCCGCUUCCCGCUCAAUGGAUACUGCCAUCUCAACUCUGUCCAGGUGUUGGAGCGUCUGCAGCAGCGUGGCUUUGAGAUCGCCGGCUCCUGCGGUGGAGGCGUCGACUCUUCCCAGUUCAGCGAGUACGUCCUGAGGAGGGAACUGAGGAGGGCGGGCCAGCGAGGAGGGCCUAACUCAAACAGGAUAAAACAGGAGCAGCUGGAAUAGAGACCUCCCAGAAACUGGGGGGCGCUAGACUCUUUUUCGGUGGCAGCCAAGCCCUCAACGGGACGCAGCAGAGCUCUGUGGACUCUGUGAGGCCAUUCUUGCGAACAUUAGAAUAAGUUUAAGUUUACACUUUUUCUCAGUCUCAUAAUGCGCAUCAGCUAAUUAGAAUCAUUGACGAAGUUGCACAUGUUCAAAUGCUACAUAUUAGCUUUUCCCAUCAGAGAACCUGACCUAUGCUAACCUAGCCCGGCUGGCAGGGAUUGUUUCUUAUAACAAAUUCUGCAUCAGCCUAUCAAAGAGCUUACUAUCCACCAACCAAUGGCACCAAGGGGGCUCCCGAGUGGCGCAGUGGUCUAAGACACUGCAUCUCAGUACAAGAGGCGUCACUGCGGUUUGAAUCGGGU